AUGUUUGACUAUCAAAAUGAAGACAUAAUAUCGAUCCAGGCCAACUCUCUUGAUGUAGCUAAAUAUCUGAAAAAUCAUGGCAUUUCCGAUUCGAUCAUUGACAUUUUCACUAAGAACACAAUCGAUGGAUUGUCAUUUUGUCUGUUAACCGAGAAAGACUUAUGUGAAAUGGACAUCAAAGAGGUUGGUGUUAGAAAACGUAUCAUGUAUUUAUGUUGCUUCUGGCGUCACCAAAUUGAAAAUCAUAAUUAUGGAGAAUAUACUUUCCCAAGAUUACCAAGUGAGAAUUCUGUAGUUGACCUGUUAUGCUGCCAUAAUCCUAAAUUGGAUAAUAUGGAACAAGAUGUAUCCAGAUUAAAUGGAAAUGAUAAUGUGGAGUGUAUAGCAGACAGUACUUUCUUAAAUGAUUACGAUUACGGAAUAGAUGAAGACAAUACAAAUUUCUGGAAAUUUAUAACCAGUUGUUUGUAUUUCAUUUUUGCUACAUUUGUUACAGCAUUUGUUAUAGUUUCGGUCCAUGAACGUUUACCUGUUACAUCGAAAUAUCCUCCGUUACCAGAUAUUUUUUUAGAUAAUCUUCCUCAUAUCAGUUGGGGGUUUAUUGCAGCAGAAGUGGUUAUCAUUGUACUGUUUAUGAUUUGGCUGACUAUUUUAUUUCUACAUAAAUAUCGGUGGAUACUUUUACGUCGUUUUUUUGUGCUUAUGGGCACGAUAUUUUUAUUAAGAUCAAUUACUAUGUCGAUAACUUCACUAAGUGUCCCUGGAGUGCAUUUAACAGAUCAAUGUAGCCCAUAUAUAAUAAAAAAUUAUACAGAACGCUUCAAACGUGCAUUAGAAAUAUGGAUAGGUUGUGGUUUAUACAUUACGGGAUUACGAACUUGUGGUGAUUAUCUAUUUAGUGGUCAUACAACAUGUCUUACUCUUCUUAACUUUUUCAUUAGUGAAUAUUCACCAAGAAGAUUUUAUCUUUUGCAUACAUUUACAUGGGUUCUGAAUCUUUUCGGUGUAUUUUUCAUACUUGCUUGUCAUGAACAUUAUUCUAUUGAUGUAUUCAUUGCUAUAUAUAUUUCAUCAAGAUUAUUUCUAUACUAUCAUUGCCUUGCUAAUAAUAAUUUAUUACAUCAACCAGAUAGUGAACGUUUAAGAAUGUGGUUCCCAUUAUUUUCAUUUUUUGAACAUGAUGUACGAUCAGUUGUACCGAACGUAUAUGAAAUACCCUUUAAAGAUUAUUACAACGAUAAAUUUAAUCGCAAUAGCAAUAAUAAUAACGGGAGCAGAAGCAGCGGCAGUAGUAUCCAUACCAAUGGUAACAGUAGUUGUAGCAGUAAUGCAACUGGUAAUUACAAUCAAAAUUACGGUAAAAGGCAAUUGGAUAAUGUUCGUCGUAAAUCUACACGUUGUCUGCUACAUACCUAUCAUAAUAAUAACAAUCAUGAGUAUUCAACUUGCAAUCAUAUAACACAAACAUUAGGAAAUACAUUCAUUACAAAACGUUGUGAGAUUUUUAGUAAAAAAGAAUCUUAG